AUUGACGUUAGCUUGACUAAAACUUUAGCUAAAGUGUUUUGUAGAUUCUUCGGUGAAUUUGGUUAAGUCGACAGUCGGUGUGGCAGUGAAAGUUAUUUCAUGGCAGUAGUCUUUUAAAGUUUUACUAACCCGAGCUUAAAGUGAAGUUAAAUAACCGGGGCGGGUUAAAAGUAACUACAAGAACUAGUCACGGCGGAACAAAAAGGUGGACCACAAGCCGAGUCCUGUGGCAUUUAACGCUACCUCGAGUUCAAUCUUCACCGUCGAUAUUGGUAACCAUUUCAGUAAGCUAGUUGAGAUUUCAUCAAAUCUGCAUGUUUCCCUGUGUUUUUACGUGAAUUGAAGCCGUGGGAUCGGAGAAAACAAGUGCAAUGUGGUCUCCAACAGUUAAUGGUAAGUUCUGCAGCGACCUUUUUCAUUGAACAUUAAAGUCACCAAACUCCGGUCAGAAAUAUUCUGAUUGUUUGAGAAACUUUAUUAAUAAAAACUGAUCUUUGUCUCUAAAAGAACAAAGGUAGAAUACUCUGAUUCAAAUAAGUUUCUUUAUACUCAAAUCAGCAUUUAUUUUUAAUAAAGCUGUACUUCUGUAGGGGGUUCUCCUCCAAACAAUCCUGUAGCAAACAUGGACGUACUUCUUAAGUAAAACUGGAAAAGUUUGAUGAAUCAUUCGUGGCCGAAUAAUAAAGUGUGUCUUUUUGACUUUAUUUAAAGGCUUCUUGCCUGAAGGGAAGGUAACAUUACAUUUAAAAAAAACUGCUUUAAGUUAUUUGUAUUGUGAACUGCUCAGUGGUUUGGUAUAAUAGUUCGUAAAAGUAAUAUCAGGAGCAAAAAUCAGAGUUUUUUUUCCUGCAUAGACAUUUUGUCAGUAAAAACUUAAUUUCAUACUUUAAUAAAGUGGAAACAUUGGUGUUUUUGGAUAAUGAUGAAUGAAUAUCUGCAUUUGCACCAUAGAUAAAAAGAUAGUGUUGUUUAGCAGGGGGGAUGAGUACUAAACUUUUCUACUGAAGUAAAAGUACAGCGACUUUAUUGGAGGAAGUUAACAUACUCGUCUGGUAAUCUGGUGAAAGUAUUUUAUUUGAAAUGUACUGCAAGUUUUGAGUACUUACUUAUAACCCAUGGCAGUGAGGAUGGAGGGAGUAAGAUAUGGUCCACAAACAGUGUAAAAGCACACUUUCCUGUCUUAUUGUUGUGAUAUAAGGAACAGCAUUAAUGUGUACUAUGAUCUAAACUCUUUACCUACCCAGUUUGAAGCUACUAAUUACUUUUGCAGCAACUUAAUCAGUAUAGCACCAAAAGUAGUUUAAAGUCAUGGUUGGUUGUGCAAAGAGGAUUGGCCUUAAAUAUGUUCAAAGUAGAUGAAUAUUUAUAUUCUAUUAUUGAUUUUAUUAUAUCAGGAGAGUAAAGUCUGAUAUCUAAAUACUGAAUCUCUUCGCUCAUCUGCCCCACAUGAUUAUAAUGUCAGGACUCUGAAAAAAUGUGUCAAAUUGUUGCCUAAAUUAACAAAGUUUGUCUUUAACAUAAUGAAUUAAAUCAUAAAACCUUGAUGUAUUUUUUCCUGUGGCACUAAUACUCGGUCAGAUAGAUUAAUCACAGUCCUUUAUUGAUUUUUCGAUGAUGAUUUGAUCACUUGAUUCUUCGAGGGCGUUCUCCCUCCUCUGCCCUCUCCUCUCUCCUCACAUCUUUGUGUGGUGUUUCAUUUGCAGAUGGGGGAAUGAGUGAGUUGUUGAGCUGUCAUAAACAGAAACCACUUUCUGAUGUAAUCUGCAGAGAGGCCUCUAUUGAGCAACAUCCGUCAUUUUGAAUGUGGAUGAUUGAGUGAUUGAAUUGGACCUAGACUGUCAUGUUAUACAAAUACUGCAUAAGGUAGAAGCACAGGCCUGGUGGUCGCCUGUCAGGCUUGAUCAUGUUCUCUGAGCGUAUGCAGACUCUUCAGGCCUGUUUUGAUUGGUGUUUGCAAUAUUAAUAAUAGUAUUGUCAAUUUUCUUAUUGUCAAAACAUAAAUUAAGCGAUUAGCGAUAUGAAUUACUGUUUAUUACACACCCCUAUGAUCAGUAGUCCAUGUCUCUGCAAAGUUGUCAUGUGUACAGUGGAGCCGUAGGUGAUGAUUUUUAGACAUGUAAGCCUGGACUUAAUUGUGAACUGGAUCUUGUGUGCUUUUAUUGUGAAGGAGAAGUCAAUGUGCAGCCAAUCAAGCAUGAAACCCCUUCUUUUCUCUGGUGACUGGUUGACCCCAGCAGAGAAAUUCAUGCCAUAUGGUCUUUAGAACAACCACACCUACUCUCUCCACCACCCAGAAAGGCUUGUGAUGUGGUUUGUGUUUACGAUGCUGUAUUAAUCUUAAUCUCUGCCUGUGAAUCUCGCAGGACUCCAUGUGAUGGUGUGAGGAUGAGACAGGGUGGUGCUAGCAGCGGCUGCAGCCCUGGAGGCUGAUGAAGCCGCUCUGUCGGCCGGUCAGGAUGCACAUAGCUUCAGUGGGUUUCAGCAAGUUCUGCUUCCUGCUCUCCCUCGUGUUCUGCGGCCUCCUGCUCCUGCUCAUCCCUGCCCUCCAGCCCUCUGCGCGCCAGGCAGACCUGCCCCAGCCCCGACCCCAAGUCAGGCCCGCACAGUUGAGCUCAUCACACUACAACAGACUGCCAGCAGGAUCGAUUCACGAAAGAGAAACAGACUCUAUCACAAAGUUAAAAAGGAGCUCGAUAAGACAGGGGGCAUUUAGAGACACCAGGAAGGACAAAUAUGAUCCGAAGAGGAGAACAGACCCCAAAACAGGAGCUCUUACUGGAGGAGAGAGUGAUGGACUCGCAGGGUUCAAGACUCGGGACCUGUUAGAGUUGAAAGACAUUUUUAUUGCAGUGAAAACGACAAAGAAGUACCACAAGUCCAGAGUGGGGCUGCUGACCCAGACCUGGGUUUCCCAAGCUCAAGAACAGGUGAGUUUAGCUGUUUAUUAUUUUUUUACACCAUUUCAAUCCAUUUCAUGAUUCAAACAGGAAGAAGUUUCUCCAGAAGAAAGUUAACGUUACCCAACCUCUAGAUUGCUUCCUCUUUCAAAGUAUUGGGGAGUCAAAGUAAACAGGUAUGUGACAAGAUCUGAAGCCAGAAGAUCUUGCAAGACUUUAGUGUGACACAAGUUGACAUUCAUGAUGUGAUGGUGGUGGUGGUGGUGGCUGUAUCAAAAUAGCCAAAGAAGAAGAGGAAGAGUACGUUUACUACUGAGAGCGUCGGCUUGUUCAUGCUGCAGAUGUUGGCGUCACUGACCACAGCUUUGUCCAAAAUAAUCAGCUGAUCUCUUGGCAAAUCUUCAACCUGUGUAGGGAUCCUUCAUUUGAGACAGCUGUACGAAUUUGAUAAGAGAGACCUGAGAUUGGACUUCCAUUUCAUAUAACAGAACUCAUAAAUAGAGCAACAGCAGCCACAGUGAUCAAAUGUUUGGUUUAACGUUUGCACUGAUAUUCACAUUCAUUUCUCUGGCAGAGUUGGAGUGUAACACUAAGUUUGAUUAUUAGCUGAAUGAAUAUUUAGCAGCACCCUCACAUCUUGGUUACAGGUGGGCUCUCCCUGUCUUAUCAGUAAUUAUGACAUGAUAAACUAUAGUGAACACGUCUCUAAACCGUCUCAUAACUUAGCAUACACGUUGAGAACAGCUUAAUGCAAACUGAAUACGAUAACAACCCCUGUGGGAGAGAAGUGUUGCAAGAGCCUGAACCUCUGUUACCCAAGACCCUCACCAUCCAGUGUGGGGUGUGGUACGUGGGCGAAUCACCCUCUGUAAUGAAUUCACAUUUCGUGGUCUCUGAAUCUAUGUGCUGCACACUGACAGCAGCUCAAACACUCCGAGCUCAUCUCUUAUAUCAACACAUUCCUGCUCCAUGUCCUUGUUGACAUUUCGAGGAACCACAGGACGUUUAUAGGAAAAUAAAUCUCGACUUCGCCCCUCUUUGCUCUGUAAGAGUCCCCUCUAACAGACCAAGUUGGUUAUUGAGGUCAUUUGGGAAUUAUUUAACAAUCUCAGACGCCAUAUGUUGCUCCUCACUCUGAGUCUAACACAUCAGAUUUAACUUUAUGAGCCUAAACCUCAUGACCCUGACCAUAAAACAGAGCACUCUUUUCAGUUUGAUCUUCCUCUGUAGUGCAGAUUGUAGGAAUUUGGACUGUACAUCAGGGAUGGGCCGUAUGGGCUGAAAAUUUAUCAAAAUAAGAUGUGCCAUUUUGUCGAUAACGAUUAAAGUCCCAUUAAAAAAUAUUAUAGCUCUAAUCUAUAUUUUUGACUCAUUAUGUCUUGAGAACACCAGUUCAUAGAGUAUUAAUAUAAGAUACUUGGCCACAAGUUUGAGUGGUAGGUUAUGAAGAAAACUAAUGACAUCAAACAAGUCUCAAAUGUGAAAACAUUUCCAACAUUUGUUAAAAACUCUUAUUGGACAGAGUUAACAGCAGCAGCUGAUCCACUAUCCAAUGUCAGGCAUACCUGAUUGCGCUCGUCUAAACCCCGGUCUUGAGGGAAAUCCCUCAUGUGGAGCCUUGUUCAGUAAUGAGCUGCUCAGAAAUGUCUUCUUUAUUACCUUCAGCCAUGUUUGUUUGUUAUCCUGCUCUGUGUGGGCUAUGGCUGCGUUUCAUCAACCUUACCACCUAACUUCAUCAACAGUACAUGUACUGUUGAUGAAGUCCGCUUGUUUGUUGCGAGACCUCAGGUCAGUCCAUUACGGACUGCAGCGGGGUGACGCAGCUCAAGGAAGAACAUUUAUGAACAUUACUUUAUGAUUUCCUUGAAGUAAUAAUCAACAUUCUAAUCAUUUUGCACUGCAGACGCGGUAGUUCUUCUGCCUUAGUGUCUCGGUCUGAUUGCAUUUCCAUGAAGAAAUGAUCAUAAAUGUUCUUCCUUGAGCUGUGUCACCCCGCAGUAGUCCAUAAUGGACUGGCCCGGGUUCUCAAACAAGUGGCUGCUGGAAGAGAGUAGGUGAGUUGUGUUUAGUCUCUUUGCUAAAGAAAUUAGGCAAAGUUAAAAAGAUGUUUGAUGGUUAGUACUGUGGCUGGGACCCUAGACCCUGGAAGUUACUCCACUCAUAGACAUGACUUUGACUUCCAAAAAUUGACUCACACCCAUCUCUGCAGUCCACUUCCUGUAGCAGGCUCAGUGUUAUCAGUGUUAACCCUGACCUUCCAAUAAUAGAAUCACACAGCAGGUAUAUUUCUGUGUUUAUAUUUUUGCCCUCAUAGUUACUCCUUCAGUACUAGCUUAUUUCCCAAGAGCACACAGAGCGACCAGGGAGAUGUCAAUCAAUCUGUGUGCGUAAGUGUGUGUGUGUGUGUGUGUGUGUGUAGCCUUCAGUCCUCUGACUUCAUGUGAACUGAAUGUACUUGUCCUAAUGCUGUGCAGCUGUAAAGCAGCCUUUGCAGAGGCUGUGCAUUCAGACAGUCAUCCUAAAGCAGGAGAAAAAGCCUCUCCACCCACUUUAACAGAUAUUCGAUGUAGAACUGAUGUGUGCUGUCCCCCUUUUCUUUUAUUUCUGGGCUUUUUUUAAACUCUUAUUAAGAGUACAGGACAUGAACAGGAGGAGAGAGCAGGGAAGGACAUGGAGAAAGGAGAAGCUAGAACUGAACUUGGGUUGUUUGCAUGAGGUUUAACCUCCAUGCUUGAUCACGCUUGAACUGCCAGGCCAGUGUCACCCUGGUGUAUGCUAAAGUACUCAAACAAACAACUUAUUAAUAAAGAGGCCAAUCCUCUGAUAGGCUACUGGACUAAUGCUGCGUUCGAGUUACCUCGGAAGUCAGAUGCCUGAGCUGAAAAUGACGUCACACUCAUGUUCCCAGCAUUUCACUUACCAAGUCUGAAAAAGCAAAAUCAGAAGCCUGAAACAAGAUGGCUACAUCUACGAAAGCCAAGCACUAAAAUAACUUUCGUAGAUGUAGCCAUCUUGUUUCCACCUCCAAUUUUGCUUUUUUCCAGCUUGGUAACUGAAACGCUGGUAACUCGGGUGUGACGUCAUUUUCAGCUCGGACUUCUGACCGAGAUAACUCGAACGCACCAUGAGACCCAACAAAGAACAGCCUCGACUAAGCGCCUUAGCUAACCAUACAUACUGUGUCCACAUCACUGUGGAUCACUGUGCAUUUUCCACAUUAAAUAUUUAGUCUGUUUUCUAACUUAAACCAGAAGCUCCAGACUGAAGUUAAAUUCUUAUUUUUCACUAAUAAGAACUGUGAAGAAACCCUCACGUUCAUGGACUGAGUUUGAUUUCUCUUUGUCACUUCAGUCUGUAAAUAUCCUCCACUCUGCAGCUCAUGCACUUGACCUCAGCUCUCCUCUUCAAAGUCUGCAGCUCUCUCAUUUUCGCACUUUAAGAAAAUAAAACAUGAAUUGUUUUGCUCGGUUUUAGAAAGGUCCUAAAUAUUCAGCCGGCUUUUCACGAGCAGUCUUCACUCUUGGCUCUACAGUGGUCCAAACCGCCGUCUGUAAAGUUUGACGUGUCGGACACAGAGAGCACUGUGACCAGCUCUGUGUUAAGAGCCGUUUAAGUAAUUAGUAAGUCCUUCUGCAGGACAAAGAGCCCCACUGUGGAGGGAAGGAGGUUUAACUGCAGAAACACUUCGCCCCACUUCACCCAGAAAUGUCCCAGUCUGAGAGGAUGGAGGAGUUCCAGUUCAGCUGCUGCUCCCAGUACCAACAGCCCGGCUCUGAGUCCAGGUCUGCAGCGAAAGGGCUCCACUGUGAGUCUGCUCUGUGUCAGCCGUCCACUUUAAGGAACCAUUUAAGGUUUGACACCAGAGCCGUUAGAGGUCAGGCUGUUAAAUAAAAAGCUGCUCAGACCAAUUAGAGUCUUAAGUUAAUAUAUCAGUGAAGCUGCAGUUCGAACAGGAGUCUUCACAUAAAGAGACAAACCACUGGUGUUUUAUAAGUGAAGGUGUACUUAACCAUGCUCUUUGACUCAGUGAGUGAAGGUUAAAGAGUGUCUCUGAAGAGGCUCUAUGUCCUGUACGCUCAACAUGACUGACUGGAUGCAGAGGUCUGCAGAAAAACAAACUGGAGUUCACCGAUCAGAUGUGGAUUUAUUUGUUACCCUUCCAGACAUGCAUGAAGUUCCUGAAAAAGCUUUACCUUUUAAUAACACAACUAAUGUGAUUCAAAGGUUUACCUUCAUGUACAGAAAAUCCACCCAUGUUUGGUGCUUGUACUGCACAGCCCUGUUUCCCACUGUCACUGUUGACCCCUGCAAACAGUUUUCCCACUGUCAGGAAGUAAACAUGACUUUUACAGCUUUUAACCUCUCUCAGCUUCACACAUGUCCUGAAUAACCGGUGAGAACAACGAAGCUCUUCAUGGACUGGCGGUGUGAGGGCUUCAUUGUAUACAGAUCUUUGCUGAACAAACAGUUUUCAACAGUGUGUCUUUCUUCUUUUUCAGACCUUCAUUUUCACCGAUGGUGAGGACAAGGACCUGCAGAGGAGGACGGGUAAGACAUGAGUCAGAGGAGUGGUUUCCCAAAAUGUGACUACGUCUGUCUGUUUAGUAACCAAUCAAUUACUGAGAAACAUCGAUAACUAUUACUUAAUCAAUAGGGGCGUAUUCUUGAUUCUUUGGGUCACAAUUUGAUUCAGUUCAAAAUCAAUGUGCAUCAAUACUCAUUAGUAUAGAUGACAGAAAUAUUCAGAUGUCUCAUUACAGUGACAUCUAAUACCUGUAUAAUUAUCAGUUCAGCAUCGUUUGUAACAAGUUCCCUUUGUUGCUUCCAUGGUUUGGUGUGGUACAGUACAGUCUGGUUAAGGUUGGUUCAGUAAAUCCUGACAUUUCAAUAUCUUUGCUGCAGAGCUGUUUGGUUUUUGACGUGCAGAUUCGACCUCACUUGAUUUUUUUUUUUCCCACAAAGCUUCAAAUCUGGACCAAAAACACUCAGUGAAAUGAUCAACUGAAGGCUGUGUUUGAAGGACAUCAAUUAUGUUUUUGUCACAAGUGUGAAAAAAAAAUACAACAGUUGCAUUUCUGGACUUCUUUUCAAAGUAAAAGCCUGAUCUGUUUUUGUCCUUGGAUGGACACCCUUCUCUGUGUCUGGGACUGUUGUUUGGUUACAGAGGUGACUGUCACAGCUCUUAGGUUUAAGCUUUAGUUAAACAUUUGCUGUCUUUGGUCAGGUUGGCUGCAGGCAGGCCCACAAACAGAGACUUGAUUUAACGGUCAACCUGUGGCACUCGUCUUUAAAUGAUAACCUUUUCUUCUUGUUCAAUAUAAGAGCGUGUCAAAUCUAUAACAUUUGGGGGCAAGUGUAUGGUAUGAAUAAGUUCAUGAUGAAUGAAACAAGCAGUUUAUUGACAUAAAUAUCAGUCAUGUUUUCAACCCAGCUUUUCUUCAGCUUUUGUUUAGUACCAGUGAACUGAAUCCAGGAACUUUUAGACUGUACACAGCUGCGUGAAACUAAACUUUGUUGUCCUCUACUGUCUCUCUCUCAGGAGCGAACAUCAUCAACACUAACUGCUCAGCAGCUCACACCCGACAGGCUCUGUGCUGCAAGAUGUCUGUUGAGUACGACAAGUUCAUCGAGUCUCAGAAGAAGUGAGUGAUCAGAGACCUGAACCUGACCCCAGCAGACGAGUUCAACCACUAACAGUCAGCGAGUUCAGCAGGCUGACGGGGAGCUCUGUUUUUCUCUUGCAGGUGGUUCUGUCAUGUGGAUGAUGAUAACUAUGUGAUCCUGCCCAGCCUGCUGCGACUGCUCUCCUCUUACCACCACAGCCAGGAUGUGUACCUGGGCCGGCCCAGUCUGGAUCAUCCUAUUGAGGCUGCAGAGAGGGUCAAAAGUGAUGGAUCGGUGAGUCUUCCUGCACCGUCUUGUGGAUUUCAGAAAUUUGACUUUGUUUGUAAUCUCCUGAUCUUUAUUUUUUAUCCUUAUUUCAGGUGUCUGUCAAGUUCUGGUUUGCUACAGGUGGAGCAGGUUUCUGUAUCAGCAGAGGGCUGGCACUGAAAAUGAGCCCAUGGGCCAGGUAGGUCAUAGUCUCACCUGGGGCCUCAGGCUGUUUCUCACAAGGACUGUCUCUGUUUUGGAUUUCACCUCACGGUUAUUGUGGCCAUAAAAUAUCACACGAUAGUUUUGGAAAACUAAAAAUAAAACAGUAAAAUUAGUCAAACUGAUGCAUGCUCCACACAUCUUCAUUGGUAGUGUAAGAAGAUAGAUACUUUAUUGAUCCCAUUCAUUCAUUAGCUGCUUUGCUUCGACCAUCUUUGGACAAAUGUGGGCCAGUAGGGUCCAGAAUAUGAAGCUGAUCCAGGUGUGCUGAUCACCAGGUGGAUCAUGGUUCAUAAAGGGAACAAUGUCUGAAACUACAGGCACAUCUACACACGUGGAUUAUAUUUCAUUCAGGCCAUUUCUGCGUCUUGAGCCCCCCUUCAAACAGUGGUAUGUUAGGAGGACAGGGUACUCAUGCUGCAGCAGUUAGAAAAUAAACCUCCUUGUGGUGAUUAAUCUGAUCAGAUUUUUAGUCACUGUCUGGGUGCAGGAGUGAGGUGUUUUUGACGCACUUCUAAUACAAUCCAAUGACCAAUCCAAGGUUAUUCUUGAGUUAUCUUUAUGCCAUUUAUUGAUCCAAUGAAAAACACAAACAAAAAAGACAGGUACAUUCAACUUACUAUGAUGGUGAUGAGGAUGAGGGUAAGUGUGGUGUUUGAGAUUAGCGGUAAAAACUGUGUGCUCUCCCUGUCCCUGGAUCAGUGCUUCACCUGUGUCCCUUUUGUCACAUUUACCUGCCCAUUUCCCUUCAAGUGCCGCUUGUGUUGAUUGUUCUAGUAACAAAACAAAACCCAAAAAUGGCUCAUACAGUUUUAUGAAAUCAAUGAAAUACCCUCUUUGUAACCACUUAGGUAUCUGGAGAAUGAUAUGAGAACGAGUGUAUGUAACUCUCAGAGAAUGUGCCUGAACUUGUUGCCGUCAGUCUCAGAGAGAGAGAGAGACAGAAAUAAUCAGUGACGGUGAGGUCAAGACAACGAGUGAUGGAGAAGGUUUUCAUUAUGAGCCGUCAUGGAAAUCCCCCUCUGCCUUAGCCUCUUCAAAGUGUAAUACCAAAACUGAAGGAUCUGACAGAUAAGACCGAAGCACGCUGGGUCUAAUCAAGAGUUUUGGUCCUAUUUUUUUUUAUCUGCACCGUUUCUUUUUGUAGUUGCAGCGGGCUUCAGUUUUUUUUUUUUUUUUUUUUUUUUUUUUGCAUGUGUAACAUCUGUUGUGGCUUCUUUUUUUUUGCAUUCUUUUUUAUUUGCAGCAGUGGCGGUUCUUGGCCACCAUAAAUAUAAACCAAAUAAAUGAAAAGAGGUCCAUAAAAUAGAGAGAUUGAUAAAUGUCAGAAAGCGCAGGUCACUGAUUUCACUACAUCAGAAGGAGAGAGUUUGAGGGGGUGAAAUCUCAGUGAUGAACUCUGAGAGCGUGUCCUCUGGUUUCAGUUUGGGGAACUUCAUCAGCACCGCAGAGAAGAUCAGACUCCCAGACGACUGCACCAUCGGUUACAUCAUCGAAGCGCUGCUGGAGGUGAUGCUGACUCACACACACCUGUUCCACUCUCACCUGGAGAACCUGCAGAAGCUGCCCACCGAGACAGUGCUGGACCAGGUCAGUGUGUGUUUGUGGAGAGCUCAGCCUUAAAUCAGCUUCACCAGCAGUGUUUUUAUCACUUUUGUGUUUGUCGUGCCACAGGUGACCCUGAGCUACGGAGGCUUUGAGAACAGGAGGAAUGUCGUCAGCAUUGUUGGAGGCUUUUCAUUGGCUGAGGACCCCACAAGGUGAGCAUAUAAAUGAUGAACACGGUUAUAAUCAACUUGUUUGCCCCUAAAUACUGCACACUUUCACCAUUCUGAUCAACCUUCAUCAUACACUGUAUCCAUGUAACUUUAAACUGAGUUUAGCAGAGGUACCUCCCUUGAUAGCUCAGGUUUGAGUUUAGGUUUAAUCCAUUCCACGACUUUUGCCCAUAGAUGUGCGUCACUUCCCCCCAAAUAAAGAGCUCAAGCUCAACCUGAUAACUGUCCCCCAGCUCAGUUCACUGUAAACAUCGACACCCACUGUUCCACCAGAAGGAGGCGGGGCUCCUAGAUGAGUGUCCUGGUAGUGACUCUGCACUGACCAGGAUGUGGUCUAGUCCUUGUUGGUCACAAACCCCUUCAUAACUCUAUUUUUUAACCUAACUCUUUGUAAACCUUUGUUUGAUAAAUCAGGUUCAUGGAACCUCUCUAACUUGUCAUAGUUUUCAGAGGCUCACACUCUGCAAACCUGAAUUUGAAAUGACCCUGACUCAGUCCUCUUCUUGUCCUGCAGGUUUAAGACAGUCCACUGCCUCCUGUAUGCAGAUACUGAGUGGUGUCCAAAGCUCAAAGCUCGGCACAAACACUGACAGCUCCUGAGGUUUGACCCUGCAGCACUGGUUCCUCCUCUAAGUCUCUCUGCCUCAGUCUCAAAGAUCAUCCAGAGCAGAGAGCUCACCAUGGAAAAUGGACUUCACUCAUUGUGUCAGUAAUUAGCAGAACCAAAGAAUGACUUUAGGGUGAAGAGAGCAGAGGAUGCAUCUCUUUGACUGUAAAUAAGAUUUGACAGUUGACUAUUAACAUGAGGGUCAAUGUUGGACAGAAAUACAACCGUCUCUAUCGUCCCAACACGACUCUGUGAUGAUAUGAAGUAAAGCAGUGUUCAUGAUGUUAAAUGGACUUGAAAGAACGUCGUCAUGCCAACCUUUUAAUCAUAGUUUUGGGGCGUCUUAACAUACCAGGUGUCAACAGCAGGUAGUUUCCUAUGAUUCAGAAGGAAAGCAUAAUGAGUGCAUUAGUUAACUCUGAAAUAGAGCUGUCACCAUAUCAGAUUUUUAUCUCGGGUUCAUCACAGCCAAAAUAAUCACAAAGACAUUAUUGUGAUUAAAAACGGGAGACUUGAAGACACUAUCAGGCAAGACAAGAGUGGAGCAACACGCUACUUCAAAAACCUUACAGAAACACCCGAUGUCCUACAUUUGCCUCAUAAAACGAUUGUCAUGCUUUUAUUUUUUCUGUCUUGCGUUGAGGUUGCUUUAUUUCUUGUAUUGUAAAAACUAUGCUUUUAUUUUGAAGUAUACUACUUCUGGUAGGUUAGGAGGUGUAAAUGUUAAACUGAUCAGUUACAUGAGGAGUAUGAGCUCUGAGGUUGGUUUUGGAGUCACCAUAAACCUCUAACAUCAGUUUGUAAAAGCUGGAUCAUCUCUCAGAGGGAUGCUACAGCUACUGCGCUGGCAGCUGCUCCUUCACUUGAUGGCAUGUGGCUAUCUGCUUAUUCUGCUUAUCUGCGUUAUGAAUAUUUUACAUUUUAAAUAGAUGGUUGUUUUUUUUUUUUCUGGUAUAUUGUGACAGCACUGAUCUGAAACUCUGACCCUUUGGUCCUCUUCCUCUGAGUUUGGAGCCACUUUAGGUUAAUGCUCCUAUAAAUGAAGGACAGUAUCAGUAUUAGUCAAUCUUACUCAGUCUGAGUGUGUAUUUCCAAUGUGAGCUUUUAACUCACAUCUCUUCCUUGUUUUUAAUGUCACUAUUUUAGUCUUUUCUGAUGAAAGAAGUGUCCUAAAAAGCAGUACAAUUUUAGAGUGAGUUGAUUACUGAGGCUAAUUUUAAAGGCACUGAUUAUUCCUUAGUCUCGACAUGGACCGGGCUGACGUUGGAUAGAACCACAGAUGAGAGACUUGUAGUUUUGCAUGUGAUGCUGUAAAUAUCUGCCACAAACCUUCUCCUUGUAUUAGCUCAUGUCUGGCUUGCCCAUCUCUGUGGUUUUGCACUAUUUUGAUCUAAACCUGUUCAUUACUGUGUGAGUGCAAAUAUGAGUGAAUUUCAUGAAGAAAUCUGUCAAUAUGUAGCUUUGAGUUUAUGUCCACUUGUUUUUAAAGAGUGUGCACUGAUCAUUAGAUUGUUGGAGCCAAAUGAAUCUGCACCAUACUCUUAUACUGAUUAGAUGUGAGCACAUAUAAAAAUAACAAUGGUAAUUAACCAAAUUAACAUUUAACAAAUCUGUCAACAGUCUGAGUUUCAAACUUCAAAAUGUAGCUGCUUGAAUAUUAGUCUUCAAAGUAUUAUCACAGUUAUUUUAGCUACUUACACUUAGCAAAUCUGCAACAGUAACAAAACAAAAGUUCUGCCACCCUCAUGCCUUUGCACUUAAACAUCGGACUAUUUAAAGGGAUAUUCCAGCGUAAAGUUAAGUUAGGGUCAAACACACCAUAACACAGAGAUAGACACCCCGUUGAGAGAUGUAUGUCGCCAACCGCU